AGGUGGGGGGUGGGCAGCAGUGGUCACACAACAUCUUGCAGUCGGGCUGGGUCUGUGUGAAGCCCCAGGGAUGUUCCCCGGCCCAUUCUUCCCAAGAGUCAAUGAAUAAAAUCAGGGGCCUCCCUCCUGAGGUCAGGGAACCAGGCCCUGGAGUGGAACUUGGGGUGGAAGAUGGCCUUCUUUGUCAACUGAUUCAUUCUCCAGAAUUCAACUUGUUCUCCCACUCUGCGGUGUUUGAAAGCAACUUUAUCCAGGUCACUAAGUCCGGGAACUGGAUGAAUGUCCCUGAAGGGUCGACCACCACCGUGAUCCUUGGGGUAACCUCCUCAGUGCCCUCCUUGCCGCUCCCCAACAUCCUCCUGAUGGCCAACGUCACCUGGCCCCAGGGUCAGUUUUCCACCCACAACACACCUGGCUGUGCUCCUGUCAUCACCCUCAGCAGGAUUCUCCCCCUGAAGUUUGUGGAGCUACAAAUCUGUGACCGGCUCCAGCGCAUCCUGCGGAUUAGGACAGUGACUGAGAAGAUCUACUACAUGAAGCUCCACGAAAAACACCCGGAGACCGUGUUUCAGUUCUGGAUCCGCUUGGUGAAAAUUCUGCAGAAAGGUCUGUCCAUCACCACGAAAGACCCGAGAAUCCAGUUCACUCACUGCCUGGUGCCCAAGAGGCCCUGCAGCUCCACUGAAACAACACCUGAAAGCAGCCUCCUGUCAUCCUCCCAGCCCAGCGAAAACUUCUUGCUGUGGAAAGCCGAGCAGACUAGCGACAUUUUCUCACACUUCCCAGGAAGAGUCCAUCUCACAGAAGACAGAAAACAGGCCACUAAAAUCAAGGAUUGCAAGAGCGACAGGAGGACACCCUUGCCGGCGGCAUCUUCAGCCAAUAUGAUUGUGCCUAUGAGAGCCAUUUUGGGCCACAGCCUCUGGGAACAAGAGAAUCCGGACGAGUGCUUACCACAGGCUCCUGUAGCCAGUUCCCUAGGAGAGAACUUACUGGGACCCUGA